AUGAAAUCCCUUGUGCGCACCCUGUCGAGGCCGACUCGACUGGUCCACACUGCUCUGCCGAUAUGUACUCGACAACUUACUACCUCACCGGCACGGUCGAGGAGAGUAUCCAAAUCCAACUCGAAAUCUCCACAACCAACAUCUUAUGCUGGCUCUCCAAGCCCCUCGAAUCAUGCCGCAGGGUCAGGCAACGGCGAUGCGUACUACAAUUUCCGUAGAUUGGUGCAGAAGCACUUCAACAUUAUUCUCGAUCGGCUUGAUUCGAUGAACCCCCAAGAAGACGAGUACAAGGGCUUUGGAUUCACGGGGUCACGCCAUCUCCGCACAACGGCCAAAAGAUUCACCGACGCUCUCGAGGCAAGUUUCAACUUGGCGGCACAUGGAAGUCACAGCAGGACCGAUAAUCCACUGUUCUGGAGCUUGCGCCAUGGAUUCGUCACCGGUAACAUUGGUGGACUCAACAGGGAGAUCAAGUUCGCCUUCCGCAGCUUCAUUGGACAUACCAAGUACAGCUCUCCUUCAACACAUGUCCUCCCCAAGCUUGGUGAUUUCCAACAUCCUACAGAAUGGUACCCUGGUACACGAACCAUGCAGAGAAAAAUCCAUCUUCACGUCGGACCGACAAAUUCCGGAAAGACAUACAACGCACUCAAGGCACUGGAGGGCGCAACAACAGGCGUGUACGCAGGACCACUGAGGCUGCUGGCCCACGAGGUGUAUACUCGCAUGAUUGCCAAGGGCAGGAGCUGUGCUUUGCUGACCGGCGAGGAGCAGAGGUGGCCGGAAGAUACCCAAUGUUUUAUUUCUUCCUGCACGGUGGAGAUGGCUCCGUUGAACACAGUCGUCGAUGUGGCAGUCAUUGACGAGAUCCAGAUGAUUGCGGAUCCGAAUCGGGGCUGGGCUUGGACGCAAGCCGUUCUUGGAAUCCAAGCACACGAGCUUCACCUCUGCGGUGAGGAGAGAACCGUGGAUCUCAUCAAGAGAUUGGUUGAGAGCAUGGGAGACGAGUGCAUCGUGCACCAAUAUGAGAGAUUAAGUCCGCUGGAUACGAUGAAAUCAAGUCUGGGUGGUAAUUUCAAAAAACUUCAAAAGGGUGAUGCAGUUGUCGCCUUUAGCAGGCUUGGUCUUCACUCUCUCAAACAAGGUAUUGAAAAGCAGACGGGCAAGCGGUGUGCUAUUGUUUACGGUUCCUUGCCUCCCGAGACCAGAGCUGAGCAGGCCGCACUGUUCAACGACCCGGACAACGAAUACGACUACAUUGUCGCGAGCGAUGCUAUAGGCAUGGGCCUUAACCUGGAGAUCAAGAGAGUCGUGUUCGACACGACCAACAAGUUUGACGGCUCAGAACGACGUUUCUUGGAGGAUCCUGAAAUCAAGCAAAUCGGCGGCAGGGCUGGCCGCUUUCGCAGUGCAGCUCAAGCCAUACAGAGCGCAACGGGGGGCGAGACGGAGGAUGUGCGCAAAGCAGUCUCCCGUCCAAACGUUGGUUAUGUUACUUGUGUGGAUGACGCCGAUUUGCGCAGAAUCCAGAAGGCAUUCGAAGUAGAAGUGCCCCCGAUCAAGGCAGCUGGGAUAUUGCCGCCCACGACCAUUAUUGAGAAGUUCUCGACAUAUUUUUCGUCCGAUACACCGCUAUCGCACAUUCUUCUUAAAAUCAGAGAGGUGGUCAGGACUUCGGACGACUAUUUCGUCUGCAAUUUCGACGAUUGGAUCGAGAUUGCAGAUGCUAUCCAGCCUUUCCCCAUGCCGAUUACAGACCGCCUUGUGCUACUUGCAGCACCCGUAGACAUGAAAACCAAGGAUUUCCUACGAAAAUGCGCCAUGUGUAUAUCCGAGCUGAAGGAUGGGCAUCUACUGAGCCUGGGCGGGCUCGACUUUGAGCUGCUUGACAUGGACGACAGGAAUUUUCCCAAGUGGAAGGCCCAGGAGCAGCUGACCAAACUCGAAGUUCUCCACAAGUGUCUCAUUCUAUACCUCUGGCUCAGCUAUCGAUACCAGGGCGUGUUCAUCAGCCAGGAUCUUGCGUUCCACGCCAAGGCGCUCGUCGAAGAGAAGAUUCGUGAUCGGCUCGACAAGGUGGACUUUAGAUCACAGGAAAGAAUUGUACAAAAGAAGAGGAUCGAAGCUAUUAUGUUGAAGAAGCAAGCCAAGGACAAGGAGAUGUUGGAGGAGGCCGGUUUGGGGGGCGAUUUAACGGAUAGCCCACUGGUAGUAGAGGCUUCGGAAAAAACGGCCGACGUAUAG